AACCAAAAGCCAUAUACUUCUAUGAAAAUAUCUUGUCAUGUGGCUGUAAAGGAAAGAAGGGAGGGAUUUCAGUUUUGGAUGUGAAACUGGAGUUAUGCAAUGUUGCGCUUACAACAUAUAGCGUUCUCCACUCCAUCUGUAUUUCCUCUUUCUUCUCAUUAUCAGCAUCGUAUCAGUUCCGGUGUUUGUGAUUUUUCUUUCUCUGGUUUCACGGUCACGGGUUUGAUCAAAUGCAAUGAGUACUCCUGUGCCGAAAGAAGCUGUAAAUAUUUGGUAAGAUCGUACCGCUAUGUGUCUUCGGAUGAGAAAGAGGAGGCGUCUGGUGAUGGAUUGGCGAGGUUUGAAGAAGCAGUGAAACUGUUCAAUGAGAGGAAAUACUAUGCUUGUCAUGAUCUGCUUGAAUCUCUAUGGUUUGAUUCUUACGACCCUCUUCGUACCUUGCUUCAUGCUCUCCUUCAGUGUGCUGUUGCCUUCUAUCAUCUCUUCAACCAGAAUCACAAGGGUGCAAUGAUGGAGAUGGGGGAAGGAUUGUGCAAGCUACGAAAGCUGAAUUUCAAAGAUGGGCCAUUUCAUGAGUUUGAACAACAAAUUUCGAGUGUCCUAAAUUUCAUCUAUCAAACCCAGUUGGAGCUUGCAGCCUGUAAUGAAGAUUUUUGUCUGACGAUGGAACAAACAGAAAGAUCAUACCAACUUCUAGAAGGUUUUGGCGCAGGGCAACACCUGUAUUUUCUAGAAGACGAGAAUACUGAUGGUUCGAAGCAACACACUUACAUCGUAUUUGAUCCUCAGAGAUGCUACGGAGCCAUAAAUGUUCCGGUAACAAGGGUAAAACUUCCAUUUUUGGAUGCAACCCGAACCCAUCUCAUGGCUUGUGAAAACUAUUAGUCCAUAGAGAUUUUGAUUCACAGCAAUGCUGCCUGUUUAUCUGCAUACUUGAAUGCCUUCUAAAAGCUUUAUUUGAGCAUAAGUGCAGAUUCUUUGUGUUA